GUAUAAAAGACCUUCUCGCCGCCAACAGAUCAACUCACAAUCAGCGACCAACUAUGAUGCUCAAGACUCUCCUGUGUGUGUCAGCUUUCGUGUUCGUCACCGUGAACGCCAAGGUUGGUGACGUAUGUCAAGACGUUAGCGCGUGCGGCCAGGAAGAAUGUUGUGUCAAGUACGGACCAGACGCGGGGACGUGCCAAAAGAACCUGUCGGAAGACGCACCCUGCCACAACAUGCAGAUCUUGCUGAGCCGGUCAUGUCCUUGUGAGACAGGCCUCAGAUGUUUGACCGUGGAUACGGACAUGCCCUUUGUCAGUAAGAGAGAUUCCCUGACGUCAGCCAACCUUCCCGGAGAGCACGGCGAGGCCAAGUGUGCGAAACUAAACACAGAUAUCGAUGACGUCGUUGUCUCCUAGAGGUCAACGCUAUCGGGUAAAGGUCAAGUUGAGCUCCCCAUGCGUGAAAAACAAUAAAAAAAAAAUUUCUUAAAAAUGUACCCCCUCCCCCUCAAGAAAAAAAUACUAUCUUUCCGUUUGAGUAAGAGUUUGAUUGCACUUGUAAAACAAGCAGGUCACAUAAGUUCCGAAGAUUAUCAGCAUUGCUAGAGAGUAGCUUACAAAGAGAAAAAAAAAGCAGAGGAAAGGAAGAUUUAAAACCCAAACUAAUAAUAAUAUCCAUCUAUGUUGAAUAGAAGUCGAGAUAUGUGUGAUCGAAAGAGAUGAGAGUCGUUUGGUUUCAGAGCUAACCGCACCCUCACACACACACACACACACACACACACACACACACCUUUUUUAACUACCUACACCAGACCUUUACCCAUCAUCUGAUAGACAUUGACAACACCCAAAAGCCUGGACUGAUAUUUGAUCGACGAAGGAAUUUGGGAGCUAUGAAAAAAGGAACGUCGCACCAAAAUAAAAUCAGAAUGUUAAACAUCAA